CUACCUCUCCUUCCCUUCUGCCUGUCUGUCUGUCCCCCCUCUCCCUCUCGUCACAUAUACCUAUUUUUAUCCUUUGUUUCAGUCAUUGGACCCGGCCGUGCUGGCGUACCGUCUCGAAGUGUUUAAUCUAACAAAUCGAUCCCGGCGCUCAUGUAUAUUUUUUUAAAGCCUAAUGCUUAUUCUAUCGUUCUGUUUGCCGAAUAGCUAAGUUACAGUGACGCAAACAGACAUCGGUUGUCAAGUGGGGAUAAACACACACACACACACACACACACGCACGCGCGCGCUGGUCAUAUUUCAGUUUCCAUCUAUCAAAGCCAGUUUCUGUCUAUCAAGUCCAUAGCGGAAUACACUUGCCCAAGAUAUCACGCAGUGACCUAAACUUGGAAGCUUGUCACACAGCCACGCCCGACUCUUAAGACAUUUCUUACUUGGCAUGCGUCACCAUUAACAAUUGUCAAAAUUUAAAAAAAAAAAAGUACCAAUAACAAUCGUAGAUCCGGAUCCAGUGUAAUACGAAUAGUGUAAUCCGGAAAUAAUCAUAAUCUAAAUUUGUUUUCUUUAAAUAAUCCUGUCUUCCUAGAGUUUUGUUUACGCUGUACUGAGUGAGUCUUGUUAUUGGACGGGAUAAAACUGUUCUCCGUUUCCCCCCGCCUUUGCUGAUGUAGAACUAAUGAAAGUAAACAAUUUCUCCCCUUUUUAUGAUCCUUAUUGUUAUUGCGUUUUUUUUUUAAUUCUAGAAAUUUCAGUUCUCGUUGCGAUUAAUGUUUACUGUGUUACUCAGUUACUACAAGUCACUCUCUAUCUAUCUAUCUAUCUAUCUGUCUGUCUGUCUGUCUGUCUGUCUGCCUGCUGUGUGUGUGUGUGUUUGUGUGUGUGUGUAUGAGAGAGAGAGAGAGAGAGAGAGAGAGAGAGAAUUAUUAUUGAGUGAUAAGAGCGAUACGUAUAAACAUACUUACGUUCAGUUUCUGCUGUACCAGCGAAAUGCUGCACAGUUGCCAGGUUUUUAGAUAACAAAUCUUAGAUGAGCUUAACUAAUGAAUCGUAGUGCACAAAACUCAAGCUCCUCUAAAAAAGAUAAACAGGAAUUAAAAAAAAUUAAAAAGUAUAAUGGAACUUGUAAGGAGAGGCCGAAAAUUUCUGCUAUUGAUAGAUUACAAGACAAAUCUCGGGAGAGUUUUAAGGUCUCCCAGUCUGUCAGUGAAGAUGAUGCAUUGAUUAACCGAAAAUUACCGAAAGAGUUGUUAUUGAGAAUAUUUUCCUUUCUCGAUGUGGUUACGUUGUGUAGAUGUGCUCAAAUUUCCAAGUAUUGGAAUGUCCUUGCACUUGAUGGAAGUAACUGGCAGAGAGUUGAUCUUUUUGAUUUCCAGUUAGCUAUUGAGGGUCCAGUUGUUGAACAUAUUUCUAAACGAUGUGGUGGGUUUUUAAAAUCUUUGAGUCUGAGAGGAUGUCAGAGUAUAACAGAUGGUGCUUUAAUGAAAUUCUCACAGCAGUGCAGAAAUAUAGAAGAAUUAAAUUUGAAUAACUGUAAAAAGAUCACAGACCUAACUUGUCAGAGUUUAGGGAAAUAUUGUGUGAAGUUAUCUCGAUUAAAUUUGUCCUCGUGUACAGAAAUUUCAAACAAUUCUUUGAAAUUUUUGAGUGAGGGUUGUCCAAAUCUUGAAUAUCUCAACAUAUCAUGGUCAAGUCAAGUGACCAAUGAUGGGGUAGAUGCUUUGGCCAAAGGCUGCCCGAAAAUAAAAUCUUUCUAUUCCAAAGGAUGUCAUCAAAUUACUAAUGAUGGCAUAGCUCCACUGGCCAUGAGCUGCAGCAACCUACUAACUCUGAACCUUAACAGCUGCUCACACAUAACUGAUGAAGGUAUUCAACAGAUAAGUCAAAAUUGCCAUCAGUUACAAGUUCUUUGUGUGUCCAAUUGCUGUCUACUCACAGACACAUCAUUGUUUUCACUUGCUAAGGGAUGCCUUGAUAUGCGGACCUUAGAGGUAGCAAGUUGCUCGCAGUUCACAGACAGUGGUUUCCAAGCUUUAGCUAGGAGUUGUCACAUGCUGGAGCGAAUGGAUUUAGAAGAAUGUGUUUUGAUAACAGAUGCUACAUUAGCAAGUUUAGCUAUGAACUGUCCGCGUCUUACAGUACUGAGUCUUUCCCACUGUGAACUUGUCACUGAUGAUGGAAUCCGUCAUUUAGGCACAAGUGCCUGUGCUCUUGAACACCUAUCUGUCUUGGAACUGGACAACUGCCCUCUUAUCACGGAUGCUUCCCUAGAACAUUUGACUGGCUGCCAGUGCCUGCAGCGAAUAGAGCUCUAUGAUUGUCAAUUAAUCACUAAACCUGGUAUUCGCAGAUUAAAAAAUCAUUUGCCAGCCAUCAAAGUUCAUGCAUAUUUUGCACCAGUGACACCACCCCCAUCAGUUGGGGGAGGGCGACAAAGAUAUUGUCGCUGUUGUGUAAUACUUUGACAGUUAGCUAGCAAAGCUACUGACCAACGAUGUACUGUGAUGAAAUCUCUACUUAUAUCAACAUGUAAUUAUAUAUGCAUAUAUAUAUGAUUAUAUAUGAUGUGUGGGUGUAUGUGUGUGUGUGUGUAUAUGUGUAUAUAUAUAUAUAUAUAUAUAUAUAUAUACAUAUACACACACCUAUAAUUAUGUAUGUGUAUAUAUGUAUAACAGUAUGCAUGUAUAUGUGUGUGUGAAUAUAUCUAUUAUAUAUGAUAUAUAUAUAUAUAUAUAUAAAUGUGAUUAUAUUUAAUAAAUAUAUAUAUAAUUAUAUAAGAUAUAUAGAGUUAUAAAUGAUUAUGUAUAUAUAAGUAUGUGUGUGUGUGUGUGUGU